AUGAGUUAACUUUUUAUCAAUACUGCCAAGGCAACCUUCUACGGUCCAAAUGGAACAGGUCGUGACACUUACAUCUACAACAAUAACGGAGGUCUCACUGCUGGAAUCAUGUAGAAUGUUCAGCCUCCAGUGGGUACUCUCGUCAGUCCAAUCAAAAAGCAUAUUGCUGUAAAUAAACCAGUCAUUCAUUCUCGAUCAAUCCAAUAUCAUAGCAAUGGCUCAGGCAGAGACUCAUAUAUAGUGAGAGGCUAGGGUGGAUUCUAGAUUGACAGUUCCCCUGGGGCUCAGAGCAAUUCAUUUUAUAACAGUUUAAGGCAGUAUGACCCUAAUCAGAGAUAUAUUAUGCGCAGAUCUGGUAGUAACAGUCCUUCUGGCAACAUGACCAGUCCUACUACCAACUCUAAAAAGAAUCCAUUCAAGGACUACUUGGUUGAGGGCUAAAAUACCUAUUCCAACGGCUAAGUCAAGCAUUAACUCAAUGCCCUUAAUAUGUAUCAGAAGCAAUUAGACAGCAGACUAUCAUAACCUAAAUACUCACUUCAACAGGAUGGCAACAUGAUGGAAUAAAGCAGAUCAGCCCUUAACAUCACUAAAGUCUAGAAUAAAUUCCAAGGCAGCAGUACUCAGAGCAUACCCAAUGGAAGAGAGUCUUUAUGA